AAAAAAAGCACAAGAGUUUGCAAUAAGUCCGACAUUCACAACUAAACAACAUAGAGUUGACAUCCUGGACAAAGAUGAGACAUGAAGAAGGUGUUGUCUGGCUAAUCAUUUCCCCAUUUUACUCGCUUCAUGGCCGUCUUGCCACUCUUUAUAUGUUCAUGUCAUUAUCCUUUGUUACCACAAUUAUAACCUCACUAUAUUUUUGCAAAAAGAAAGAAAAAAUAAAACCUCACUAUCUUUUCUGUUAACUCUUGUGAAUGCAGUUAACUGGUAUCUUUUCUUGAGAAAACAGUUACGUGGAAUCUAACAUGACAAGGACACUAUAAAAGCUAGACAACCCAUAUCAGCCAAAGCAAUACAUAACAAGUAAAGCACAUGUUGCUCUGGUACUAAGUAGGCAGAACAUGGAAGAAGCAUCCACAGCAAGAGCUGCUGAUGGAGAUAAGCGUGGAAAGGAAGAGAAUGACAGGAGGAUGGCCAAGGAUGGCAAGGUGGCAUUCCAUCACCUGUUCAAGUAUGCGGACAGCACAGAUGUGGCGUUGAUGCUGGUUGGCACCAUAGCAUCACUUGCAAGCGGCAUGUCACAAGUAAUCAUGACCAUCAUCUUCGGGCAGAUGGUCGACGCCUUUGGGAAAUCAUCCCCGGGCAACAUCCUUCAUCAAGUCAACAAGGCGGUACUAUACUUUGUCUACUUGGGCAUUGGAUCAGGGAUUGUUUGUUUUCUCCAGGUGUCAUGCUGGUCUGUGACUGGGGAAAGGCAGGCCACUCGCAUUCGAUCCUUGUAUCUCAAGACAAUUCUGCGACAAGAUAUGGCAUUCUUUGACAAGGAAAUGACAACUGGACAAGUUAUCUCCAGUAUCUCUACUGACACUACACUAAUUCAAGGUGCUACUGGUGAGAAGGUUGGGAAGUUUCUACAGCUUGUUACCACUUUCCCUGGUGGUUUUGUGCUUGCGUUCCUCAAAGGCUGGCUUCUCACUCUCGUCAUGCUUUCUACCAUACCACCUUUUAUCUUUGCUGCCGGAAUUGUCUCAAAGAUGUUAGCCAAAAUAUCUAACGAGGGCCUAGCAUCAUACAGCAAGGCAGGGGACAUUGUUGAACAAACAGUUGGAUCUAUAAGAACGGUGGUAUCCUUCAAUGGUGAAAAGAAAGCCAUUGGCCUCUACAACGAUCUGAUAAAGAAAGCAUACAAGGGUGCGGUCAAGGAAGGGUUUAUCCAAGGCUUUGGCAUGGGUUUCCUCAACUUAAUCUAUUUUUCCAGCUUUGGAUUAAUUGUAUGGUAUGGCAGUAAGCUAAGCCUCAGUAGAGGAUAUAGUGGGGCGGAUAUCAUGAACAUCUUGUUUGGUAUCAUGAUAGGUGCAAGAGCUUUAGGUGAUGCGACCCCCUGUACUGCUGCCUUUGAAGAAGGAAGAAUUGCUGCUUACAGAUUGUUUAAAGUAAUCAAGAGGAAACCAGAGAUUGACUAUGAUGAUACUAGCGGGAUUGUGUUAGAAGAUAUCAAGGGUGACAUAGAGCUAAAGGAUGUAUUCUUCAGUUACCCGAGCAGGUCGGAGCAAUUGAUAUUUGAUGGAUUUUCGAUGUGUGUAUCAAAUGGAACAACAAUGGCCAUAGUAGGGGAGAGUGGUAGCGGCAAAUCAACUGUGAUAAAUCUAGUUGAGAGAUUUUACGAUCCACAGGCUGGUGAGGUUUUGAUUGAUGGAAUGAACAUCAAGAGCUUGAGGCUGGAGUGGAUACGAGGGAAGAUUGGCCUUGUUAACCAGGAACCAAUACUCUUCAUGACAUCUAUCAAGGACAAUAUACUUUAUGGCAAAGAGAAUGCAACACUUGAAGAAAUUAAGAGAGCAGCUGAGCUUGCCAAUGCAGCAAGAUUCAUUGAGAGCAUGCCUAAUGGUUACGAUACAUUAGUUGGACAGCGUGGCGCUCAGCUUUCAGGGGGGCAGAAGCAAAGGAUAGCAAUUGCCAGAGCCAUACUUAAAAACCCCAAAAUCCUUUUGCUUGAUGAAGCCACUAGUGCAUUGGAUUUGGAGUCUGAGAGGAUAGUCCAAGACGCACUGAAUCAGAUCAUGGUUGGAAGGACCACCCUUGUUGUGGCACACCGUUUGAGCACUGUGAGAAAUGCCCACUGCAUCUCAGUUGUACAUAAAGGAAAAAUCGCAGAACAAGGACAUCAUGAUGAAUUGGUUAAGGAUCCUAACGGGGCAUACUCUCAACUUAUUCGGCUACAAGAGGCGCAACAGGCAAUCGACCCCCACUUAGAUGGUCCAUUAAAUAAAAGGAGCCAGUCACUCAAACGCUCAUUAAGUAGAAAUUCAGCUGGGAGCAGCUCCCAUUCUUUAAACCUCCCCUUCAGCUUGCGUGGGGCCACUGAAUUACUAGAGUAUGAUGGUGCAGACGGUGAGAAUCGCAAUUUGAAAAAUGAUGGAAAGUUACCCAAAAAAGGAUCCAUGGGUCGCCUAAUUAGCCUAAACAAACCAGAAAUCGCAAUUCUUCUGUUUGGUUCUCUUGCAGCAGCAAUUGAUGGAGCUGUCUUCCCAAUGAUUGGUUUAGUAUUGGCCAGUGCUGUUAAAGUUUUUUAUGAAUCACCAGACAAGCGAGAGAAAGAUGCAACCUUUUGGGGAUUGCUCUGUGUUGGCAUGGGUGCAAUUGCUAUGAUAUCAAAGCUAGCAAAUAUCCUUCUAUUUGCAAUCGCUGGUGGGAAACUUAUAAAGCGCAUCCGUGCUUUGACAUUUCGAAGCAUAGUACACCAAGAAGUUUCUUGGUUUGAUCAUCCAGCAAAUUCUAGUGGAGCUCUUGGUGGAAAGCUAUGUGUCGAUGCCCUUAAUGUGAGACGCCUUGUAGGCGAUAAUUUGGCCUUGCUUGUCCAAUGCACUGCAACCCUAGUUUGUGGAAUAUUAAUUGCAAUGAUCGCGGACUGGAAACUUUCAUUGAUAAUCUUAUUUGUAAUUCCUUUAAUCGGUCUACAGGGCUAUGCUCAAGUGAGGUUCCUACAGGGGUUCAGUCAAGAUGCUAAGAUCAUGUAUGAAGAAGCAAGCCAAGUUGCAACUGAUGCAGUUGGUAGCAUCAGAACAGUAGCAUCUUAUUGUGCUGAGAAGAAAGUGAUGACAAAAUACAAUCAGAAAUGUCAAGCUUCUAGAUACCAGGGAAUAAGAACGGGGAUAGUUGGAGGCCUUGGUUUUGGUUUCUCAAACAUGAUGUUGUUUAUGACCUCUGCUCUUUGCUACUAUGUUGGUGCAAAGUUUGUUAGUCAAGGCAACUCUACUUUUGGCGAUGUCUUCAAGGCUUUCUUUUCUUUAGUUGUGGCCAUGCUGGGAGUAUCAUCAACUGCUGCCAUGGCUUCUGACUCGAGCAAGGCUAAGGAUUCUGCUUCUUCCAUAUUUGCAAUCUUAGAUAGAAAAUCUCAAAUUGAUUCCAGCAGCAACGAAGGUUUAACCUUGGAGCUUGUCAAGGGUGACAUUGAAUUUACGCAUAUCAGUUUCAGAUACCCAUCCCGUCCAGAUGUUCAAAUCUUCAGUGACUUUACCUUGAGCAUCCCCUCUGGGAAGACUGUGGCACUUGUUGGUCAGAGUGGCAGCGGCAAGUCUACAGCAAUUGCGUUACUAGAACGGUUUUAUGAUCCUGAUUCUGGUGUAAUCUUAUUAGAUGGUGUAGAAAUCAAGAAACUAGAGAUCAGUUGGUUGAGGGACCAGAUGGGAUUAGUUAGCCAAGAACCAGUGCUUUUCAAUGAUACGAUCCGUGCCAACAUAGCUUAUGGAAAGAAUGAAGAAGUAACUGAGGAAGAGAUUGUGGCAGCUGCUAAGGCAGCAAAUGCCCACGAGUUCAUAUCAAGUAUGCCAGAGGGGUACAGCACCAGUGUCGGAGAGAGGGGAACCCAAUUAUCAGGUGGGCAAAAACAACGAAUAGCCAUUGCAAGGGCCAUCGUCAAGGAUCCCAGGAUACUACUCCUAGAUGAGGCGACGAGCGCAUUAGAUGCUGAGUCAGAGCGCAUCGUUCAAGAUGCACUGGACCAUGUGAUGGUUGGAAGGACAACCGUUGUUGUUGCACACCGCCUCUCAACAAUCCAAGGCGCUGAUAUUAUUGCAGUCCUGAAGGACGGUGCAAUUGUUGAGAAGGGGAGGCACGAGGCACUCAUGGGGAUUGCCAGUGGAGCUUAUGCUUCACUUGUGGAACUUCGCCAUAAUGUGACAUAAUACAAAUAUUCACGCAAUGGAAUAAAUUUGAUCAAACACAAUUUUUUGGUUUAAACAAAAAAGACAUCCAUAAGUUCCAUGGGCGCUUAUUGCUAGUAACCAAAAUGUGUCAAAAUUAGGCUUUUAUUGAUACUGCCCCCUUAUCAUCUGCAUACAAAACCUGAUCUCAAGGCCUAAGAAUCGCAUUGUAUCUGCAGCUAAUUGGUUGCUUGAAAAUAUUUUUUAUUCAAAUAACUCUUGAACUUAACAUUUAACAGCAAAUAUCUUCUCUAGUCACUUGCUCUGGAAUCUGGAGUAGUAGACACCAAAUUUAGAUGGCUACAAGACCAAAAAUGCUAAUAGCGACGCAGGAUUAGAAAUUUCCUGCUCGUCUGCUUACUCCUCCCCUACAAACUACAAUUUCAUCUAUGUGACACUACUUCAAAGCAUCAAAAACUCAGUAAAUAUGAUCCCAACUAGCAUAGCACAAGAGGAAUCUACAACAGCCAACGGUAACAAUUCACGCUUAUAACCACAUCUAUUCGCAAGCAGAAAUCACAGCUUAAAAAGGGAUUUAGAACACGCGCUGCGAGAGGCCGGAUACU